UCUAAGAUACUUCUCUAAGUUCCAAUUCCACACUCUCAUUUCCUCAUCUUAAGAAAUCUCACAAACACCAUGGGUUUCCGCUUGCCAAGAAUUGUUAAUGCUAAGAGUCUGAAACGGAAUCUUUCAUCUUCAGAGAUGACUAUGGUGCCUAAAGGCCACUUUGCUGUUUAUGUUGGAGAAGAUGAAAAGAAGAGAUUUGUAGUCCCAAUAUCAUUCCUGAAGCAUCCUUCAUUCCAGAAUUUGUUGAGCGAAGCUGAAGAAGAGUUUGGUUUCAACCACCCUAUGGGUGCUUUAACAAUCCCUUGCAGCAAAGAAACUUUCGUUAAUCUCAUUUGCAGUCUGCAAAGCUCACUAGAAGAAAUGAUGAAAAUUGGCUAACCAAGUAGAUAUUUACUGAUAUUUAGCUCAACUGACACCUCUCCAAUUUUAUUGUCCAAGAAUCAAGUGUGUAAGGAGGAUUGUUUUCUGCAAACCCAUGCCCUUGUCAACUAUGUUAAAUUUUGUAACCAAUACAUAAGUGCCAUUUUUUUUUCAGAGAAAAUCUUUCGUUUCAUGAA